AUGUGUUAUUUUUUCCUUCUUUCAGUUCCGAGGUGUAAAGUUUUAAAGGAAAUGGAUUUAAUUAAAAGUUAUGAGUCUGUCUGUUACUGCUACAAUCAACAUAUCCAAAUGACAUGGAAAUACAUAUGGUCAACUGUACAGGUAAAGAUUGUCAGUCCAGGUUUGUUCCACAUUGUAGAUAUCACAGAAAGACAUAAUUGCCAGUAUCCAGAAAACAUUUUAUCUUUUAUCACAUGUGUGAUUCAUAACUUGUGGAUGCCAAAGCAGUCUAAUGAAAUAACCAUAAUCAUCAAUCCAUAUGGAAAGCCUAUAUGUUUCUCUGUGAUACCUCUUGACAAGAUAUGUCUGUAUACAAUAAGAGUGAAUCAAAACAUCGUGGAUUUCAAGCUAUUCCUUGUGUUUAUAGCAGGCAUUUUCCUUUUCUUUUAUGCAGAGACCUUAAGUCAAAGCCCUAUUUUCUAUUACUUUUCGGGGACUGUGCUAGGUGUUCUGAUGACAUUUAUCUUUGUCCUGCUGUUGGUAAAAAGGUUCAUUCCAAAGUAUAGCACGUUUGGGGCUUUAAUGGUUGGUUGUUGGUUUGCUUCAGUUUACAUUUUAAGCCAGUUGAUGGAAGAUCUGAAGUGGCUGUGGUCUGAAAGCAGAAUUUAUGUAUUAGGCUAUAUCUUCAUAGUUGGGUUUUCCAGCUUUGCUGUUUGUUACAAACAUGGACCCCUUGUUGACGAAAGGAGCAAAAACCUUCUGACAUGGGUGCUGCAGCUUCUCUCGCUGCUUCUCAUCUAUUCCGGGACCUCCGUGCCUCAGUUUGCUUACACCGUGAUGAUCCUCAUCUGCUGCUCGAGCAGACUGCACUACCUAGUGAAAGCGUUCCAUUAUGUGAGCUGGAAAAUGAAGAGCUGGUUUACAUCAGAAAAACUGGUGGUUAAAUUUCUUACUGAUGAAGAAUACAGGGAACAAGCUGAUGCCGAAACGGCCCGUGCUCUGGAGGAACUGCGCCAAGCCUGCAGAAGGCCCGACUUCCCAUCCUGGCUGGCUGUUUCCAGACUCAAGGCUCCUACAAAAUUUGCAGACUUUGUUCUUGGAGCAAACCACUUGUCCCCUGAAGAAAUCCAUCUGCAUGAAGAACAGUAUGGCCUUGGGGGUGCCUUCUUGGAAGAGCAGCUCUUUAACCUGAGCACUACUUGA